GCAACUGGAGUAGAAUAGCUACGUCAGCAGUGCCUAAAAGGAAAGGAAGCACAUGCGUUUCUUCGCUGCUGGAAACUAAUAUUUGAUAUAACAGGUAUUUUUCAAAGUUCACAUGCCAUCUGACAAUCCAGAAUCUUUGACCUACAGUAAAGAUACACAUUUUUGCAGUUCAUAUUUACAAGCUGGCAAACUUCAACGAUGUCACAGGCUACUAAACGCAAGCAUGUUGUCAAGGAGCAGACACUCGACGACUACGUCACACCUAAAGAGAACCAACAGAUCGUGAGGGUUCUUGGUAGUCGUGGCAACAACCUGCACGAGGCUGUCACGGCCCAGGGGGAGAACUUCCUGAUCAGCAUGCCCCCAAAAUUCCGCAAGAACCUUUGGAUUAAGAGAGGUGACUAUGUGAUUGUAGACCCUAUAGAGGAGGGAGAGAAGGUGAGGGGAGAGAUCAGCUUUAUACUCUACAGAGACCACAUUCAGCACCUGCAGAAACUCACACUCUGGCCUAAGGCCUUCACAGACGAGCCCCCAUCGGAAGAGAGAACAGAUGCACCACAGCCCAGGGAGGGGAGAAGGGAGGAGAAGGUAGAGGAGGAUUGUGGGAGUGAUCACAGUACUGACUCAGAGGAUGACGAGAGCGAUCUCUUCGUCAACACCAACCGCUGUAACGUCCACUACAGUGAGAGUGAGGAAGACAGUGAGGAUGAGGAGAAGGCUGAAGAGGAUAAAGUGGAGAGCAGCUUUUAGUGGGGAAAUCUUUACAACGGACAGUACACUGCUGUGGACAAUGUUUACACAAAUGGCACCCUCAGAAUACACUGCUGCUGAAGAAUAAAUUGUGGAUUAUACUCUCCAGUCGCACCCCAUGAAUCCAAUCAAGCAGAAAUUCCUGCUAUUUUACAAUUUAUUUGGUGGUUGAACUUAGCAUCCCAUGGACAUAAUAGGUUAGGUAUAUCAUACCACUUGUCCUAGAGAGGAACAUUAGCAUGCUUCGCUAAACUGCUAAAAAAUAGGUUAAUUGUGGAAAUAUUGAACUGGUCCAUGACAUUCCUGACUGAAGAGGUUGUCAUAAUUUAUGUACAUAAUGAUUGUGUAAUAAAAUCUUUGGUCUUGCAUCAGAAAAAUACUUACAAUUUAAUUAAACAUUUGUCUGAUUCAAAAUGAUAUAAUCAAAGAUUAAAGUUUUGUUUAAUGUUAAGCGAAACAUUCAAAAGUGCACAACAUUUGUCAGAGGGUUAUUUGCACAUUUAUUUACUCAUUAACCUGUUUCUAAUACCCAAACCUCAGAUCUAAAUUGGCAAUUAUGCACUGGCAGUGGUUAAAUCAGUAAAAUUGAUUUAUCUAAAAAUGUUUGUUGCACCUCAUAAAUCUGACUUAAGCCCUUAAUAUCUUUUUUUCUCAUAACUUGCCCCCGAGCCCAGAAACUGAGCAUGAGAAUUCAUGCCCACAGCAAGGAACCAAAACCCGUUCAAUAGGAGGCAGUUGAGCUAUGUAUGCAAUGCACAUGUAUGGCCUUCACAGUGACAUUCAUCACAGAUGACCGUGUACCAAUUAAGUCAUUCUGGUUUAUACUUCAAUAAAUACUUCCAAACAAA